AGACUCAUGACAGAGAUGUUGCCCAUGAUGCAUCACUUCGAGAUGUUGCCCAUGAUGCAUCACUGCGAGAUGUUGCCCAUGAUGCAUCACUGCGAGAUGUUGCCCAUGAUGCAUCACUGCGAGAUGUUGCCCAUGAUGCAUCACUGCGAGAUGUUGCCCAUGAUGCAUCACUGCGAGAUGUUGCCCAUGAUGCAUCACUGCGAGAUGUUGCCCAUGAUGCAUCACUGCGAGAUGUUGCCCAUGAUGCAUCACUGCGAGAUGUUGCCCAUGAUGCAUCACUGCCGUCAUGCUCGUCCAAAGCUCUGCAGACGGACGACGUGACGCCGCCGCCGCAGGUUAAUGCUGCUGAAUGAUGAUGACGAUGAUGAUAUAAUAAUUAUAAUAAUGAUGAUGAUGAUAUUAAUAAUGUGUUGGUGUUUAGGCGUCUGUUCUACUCACUGAAGUCAGAAACCUGCAGAGAGACAGAUGGCUGAUGGAGCAGCAGAUGCAGGCGUUUCGGCUCACCGUUCAAUCAGAGCAGGGCCUCCUGGAGGACCGGUGCUCGGACAUGGAGGUUACAAUGGAAACGCUGAGAGAACACAACCUCCGUCUGCAGCAAACCCUCUCUCAGGCUCUGAACAAGAUGGACACUCAACAUCAAGCCGACAACAUGCUACAGAACGCCAGCACGGAGGACAGGGAGGAGAUGGCGGACAUGGAGGCCACAGAGGAGAUGGAGGACACAGAAGCCAUGGUGGACACAAAGGAAAGGGAGGGCAUGGAGGCCACGAAGGAAAGGGAGGACACAAAGGCCACAAAGGAAAGGGAGGACAUGGAGGCCACAAAGGACACAGAGAGAGAAAACUUCACGCCACCUUCAGACUCUGAGAGAAACCCAGAAGAAGAGUUUCUGAAGACGGAGGACGAGUGGAGCGAGGAAGAACUACAAACUCCCUCUCCCACAAAGCACUGGGAAGAACUACAAACUCCCUCUCCCACAAAGCACUGGGAAGAACUACAAACUCCCUCUCCCACAAAGCACUGGGAAGAACUACAAACUCCCUCUCCCACAAUGCACCAUGAAGAACUACAAGCUGUGGACAGCUGUGUGUGUGAAGCAGAGAAUUGUGGGAUGUGGAGUCCAGAGGAGCUGCUGCAGGAGACCGUGGAGAGACUGAAGACGGAGCUGCAGACAGACAGGAGGACAGAGAGACAGACAGAUGGGAGGAAGGGGGCGGAGCUUCUGCAGGCAGCCAAUCAGGUGGGAGCUUCUCUUCAGCGACUGGCGGUCGCCGUGACAACAGACACCCAGUUACGGUUAUAAGAGA